AUGCAGCAUGGAGACGGGGUGAAACCACCAAAGGAUGCGUCUCAGGAGCGGAAAAUUCCCAAAUUCCUUCGGACAAAUGCCAAGACUUUGCCCCCUAAAUUGCCGCUGAAAGUUCACUCGAGUAGGGUUGGCGAGUCACUUAACACAAUCCCACAGUCGAAUUCAUCAGUGUGGACCAAAUAUCUGCAAAAGGACGAGAUUGAGUUGAACGGGCUGGUGAGCGUUGCCCAAGAAAAUCGCCGUUUAGAUACCUGUGUUCUAGUUCGACAAAUGAGCAAUGAAAGUCUCUACCAUAAAUUGAGGAUCCUGGCUCAGUUCCGCAGACAGCGCUAUUUCCCCAAAACAAUUGAGAUCUUCUUCUCAGGUUCCAUGGUGGAUGUUGUGUGUGAGUAUGUGGAUCUAAAUCUCCUACACAUCUCUGAGAGCUUGAGAAUUCCCACGGAGAAGGAGCUCGCUGCGAUCGGAGGACAGGAAAGUCGCCUAUACAUGCCAAUGCCCUUCCACGUACUGACAAAACGCAGUUGA